AUGCUUUUUCAUACUCUUGAGAAAGGAACUCAGAGUACUUUUGAACAGCAAGAAUGGGCAGCUAAAAUUGUUGAUUCUUUGAAGCAAAAUUCCAAAAUGAAGGAACAGAAAGCUGAUCAACUUUUUGGCUUGGAUUUGGAGGGAAACAAAGUUUCACUAGCACCAAAGUAUCACUGGAGACUUCUAGAUUUCCUCACUUGUUUGCAUUCUCGCUCAUUAAAGUUUGAGGUGGAAGUUUACAACUUUGAUCAAGAUGACCUGUUGCCAGAGGAUAUGUUGAUAUUAGAUACACAUGCUGAGGUGUUCGUUUGGGCUGGUCAAGCGGCACGCCAAGUUGAUCCAGAUAAGAAUACAGAUGAUCCUCAAGCUGCUGAAAGAUUUCAGGUACUUGGUGAAGCUUAUCAGGUUUUGAGUGAUCCUGUGAAAAGAGAUGCAUAUGAUGACAAUGGGAAGUGUUCCAUAUCCAAGGACACUAUGCUCGAUUCCACUGUUGUUUUUGCUGUUCUUUUUGGAAGUGAAUUAUUUGAAGCUACUAGUUGUUGGUUAUAUGGGAAGGUAAGAGGGAUUGAAGCCCCUGAGAAUAUGUCACGAAAGUACCCCACAGGAGCUUCAGAUAAUAAAAUUUUGUGACCUUUAUCUCAUGGAAACAGUCUUAGAUGAUCAAAGUGAGGCUGGUGUCAAAAAGCUUGCAGAUGUUCACCUUUCCUUCAUUUGACCACUCAGAUUUGGCACAAGUCACAAGAAUUAUCGGAGCAGGGGUUCAUUAGUCUUAAAGAAUUAUGAAAGGCAAGAUGCACUCUACUUAGUUGUAAUUUGAUGUUUAUCAUCUUUGUUAUCUUUUUAGUUUGUAUAGCAUUACUUUGCAGAAGGUGUCCCUUGAUACGCAAUGUAGUAUUAGGUUAUAUAGUUAGGGAAAACCUUUUAAUAACAAUGUACAAUUAGAUCCCCUU